UACCAGAACACUGACUCAUCAACGCUCGGGCGAGGAGAAGGCAGCAAACGCGGAGACUAAUAGAGUGAGGGGAGGGAGGAUUGGUGAGGAGAGGAGGUGGGGCGGUGCAAAGGCGAAAAAAAAUUAGUCACUGCGGGGAAAAAAAAGCGAUCAGACCCGCUAAAGGGGGGGCCGAAAAGUGUACGAAAAGGAAAAAAAAAGUGACUCUUUUUUAUAAAAUAUUAAUUAAAGUUUCAACUUAGAAAGAGGAGGGCUGGUGUGGAGAGCGAAUCCAGGAAGUUUUAUGGAUUUUUUUUCUCUGUUGCAGAGAGGAAGACUUGUUUUAACGCGUGGUGAAUGACAGUAGCGUGGAAAAACUGAGGAAAAAAGUUUGUCUUUUUUAAAAAAAAACGGACUUGCAAAUUUUUUUGUUUGUUUUUGUUUAUUUUUGGAAUUUUAUUUUUGAGACAUUUGGUUAAAAUAUUAUCGGAGUGACUGUACCUGGGAGAGAUUGGACGGUCGGUCCAAGCUUUAAAAAGUGGGAGAGGAAAAGAAACCCCCCGUCUUCCUGUUUUCCCGGGGGGGUGGGGGGGAGACCAUGUACCAGGAGUAUCCAGUGAAUUACGAUUCAUCGUCCCGCAGCAGCUUGUCUCCAGCUCACCAGGACAGCGUGUUCAGCAGCUCCGGGAGCGGUGGCAAUUUCAACAGCGCUUCUCAGAAAUACCGAUCCGACAUGCCAGGAUCCAGCAGUGCCUUUGUCCCGACAAUCACGGCGAUUACCACCAGCCAGGACUUGCAGUGGAUGGUACAGCCCACAGUUAUAACCUCAAUGUCUAGCCCUUACUCCCGGACACACCCUUACAGUCUGUCAGCAGCCAGCAUCUCCUCGCCUUCCUCCACCACUUUACACCGACCUGGGGUUAUCAAAACCAUCGGAGAAACAGGACGAAGGAAAAGAGAUGAACAGAUUUUCCACUGCCGCCUGCCACUGCCGUUUCUCCAUCCGACGCAGCAGCAUGACCUGGGCCGUGGGCUUCUCGACGGCCACCGUCAGAGCUGCUCUGUGAGUGACCACAAGCUACCAUGUUACUGCAGGCUCACUCCAGAGGAAGAAGAGAAGAGAAGAGUCCGGCGAGAAAGAAACAAGUUGGCGGCUGCAAAAUGUCGGAACAGGCGCCGUGAACUCACAGAGAGACUUCAAGAUGAAACUGAGAAACUUGAAGAAGAGAAGUCUGGUCUUCAGAAAGAAAUCGCUGUGCUGCAGAAGGAGAAGGAGAAGCUGGAAUUCAUGCUGGUUGCCCACAAGCCCGUUUGCAAAAUGGCGCCUGGGAACGACUGCAGGAGGCGAUCUGCGUCCCCCGAGCCACAGGCUGGACGGACGGCAAACACGGUGGUGGUCAAGCAGGAGCCGGAAGACGAAGAAGAGGAGUCGAAGUUGGCCAUGCCCAGUGCGGUGUCCAAGACACAGAGGUCCGUCAUCAAACCGGUAACCGACAUCUCCAUAGCCAACAGCUACUUCCUGGAGGCUGAGCCCCUCAACACACCGGUGGUGGUGACUUCCACACCUGCAGCCAACAUCACCCCAUGUGCUGCCAGCCUGGUCUUCACUUACCCCAGCGUGCCCAGCCUUGACCAAGAGCCCACUUCAGAGUCUUGCUCCAAGGCCCACCGCAGAAGCAGCAGCAGUGGUGACCAGUCUUCAGACUCCUUGAACUCCCCCACCUUACUCGCUCUUUGAGGAAUGUGCUGGAAAUUUCAUUCCCGUGCCCCCUGCACCCCCGCCACCCCCCAACCCCUCCACGUCCACCUCUGUGGGGAGAUUGUGAGAGAUGAAAACGGAUUUUUGUUGUCUUGACCAGAGUUUAUGGGAUUGAACUACUUCUAAACACUUCAGACUCACGGGGGAGUGGUGGGGGUGUAGGGUUUGGAGGCUGUGGGUUAGGGAGUGGUGGGGGUUGGAAUCGUUGUUGGGGGGAGGGGAGUGGGAUUGGGAGCAGGCUAAAUAUUUGAAGCCGCUUGGAUGUGGUGGCCAUUGCUGAAUGUAGACACUUAUCAAUGGCAUCCUGUGGGUCACUGGUGGUCCGAGACGCAGAAGGAUGGGAUCGGGAGAAUUGUAGCCAUGUGGGAGCUGUUACCAUGGCAAUGCCCAUUGGCAGGAUAUGCAGGCCUUUCUGAACUGUCAAAGUUGACCAAUACCAGACAAAAGGAGAGGCCCACGUUCUGAACUCCAUUUUUGAAAGAUGUUUUCCUGAUUCCUGUUUUCUUCCUCCAAGUCUUUACUACAUGGGGAGAUGUCACUGAUCCAUGGUGUAUCACUUCGGUUCUGGACCACAAGAGUUUUAGUUUUAAACUUUGUGCUAUCUCCAUUUUUGCAAUUCUUUCAUUGCUGACAGAGUCUAUGAUGGAAACCGCUCUCUAAUGUGACAUUCAUGUCCUGUAAAGAACAAAUUUACUCUGCAACGCUUCUGAAAUGCCUCAAUGAUAUUCUGAAAAAAUUCUGCAAUACUGGAAUUGCUGUCAAACCUUGUCGGAUUUCAGCAUUAAUAGAGCAAAAGAAACUUGUACCACAACGUUACGGUAGAAUGAUUAUCUUGUGCCCUUCCAACCUCAACUGUAUACCCUUCUGCCUUCUGACUUUAACUGUAGUAUUUAUAUAUUUUUAAAAUUUAAGUGAAUAAUAGAAGUAGACUGCAAAAGCUUCAUGUUGGAAGAUGAAAGGAUUGCAGACCCGAUGAGGUCAGGUCACGACAGGGUGUAGGAUUUUAGCUCAUCUAAGAUUUGCUGAUCUACUGAUGAGAGGAGGACUCGGAAAGCUAGUAUUCAUUAGUGUUAAGAGUAGCCCUACCUGUGUGCGCCGGUCGGUUUUUGUAUCUAAAGGUACAUCAAGAACACUACUUCAAAGACAGUGGAACACCCAGCAAAAGGACUAUAAUUAUGUCGGACCUCUUUGUGCGGAGUAAUCAACACUCUUAAUGAACUUAUCUUCUGAAAUGUGGGCGAAUGCACAAGCUCUUGACCAUGCUAGGGUCAGUUGGAUGAGGUGAUGGGUGUUGGGCUGACAAAAUUAUUCAUAGUUUCUGCUGAGAUCAAUCAAGAAACCUCCCUCAUCAAUAUUCAGUCUUAUCCAAGAAAUUUCCAUCUCCUCCAAGGAAAAUUCUGGGGUAAUUCCCAGCAUCUCAACAUCCCCUACCCCACCCCCCAGCUCUGAAGUGGAACAAAUGGAUUUCUAUUGAAGAUUUUUGGCUUGUCCUGAUUUUGUCCCGGCAACAGACUGCAAACAUUUAUUUUGGAGCAUUGAAAUGUGUUUCUCUGCCCCCUCUCCCCUCCACACGCCCCCCCCCCCCCCACCCCCACCAAAGGCUGGAAAAUGUCGGACUUUUUGAAACAUCAUGUUUUUGCUAAUGACUGUAGCUAACAGUUAACAUCCCAGGACGUUUUCCCUGUCGCUGAUAAUGUGAGGAAAGUUUCUAUGCAAAAUGGACCCAUUCCUAACAAUGGUACAAGCAGUCAUUUGGGAGAACAGAGUUCUCGCAUUGCACAGAAAAAGACUUUUUUUUCCUCUAUCUUACACCUAUCUGGACAAUUUUCAAGAAUGCCAAUGUAAAGAAACCAAUGUUUUAUACUGAGAAGAGAGUGCUAAUUGAUUGUUAAGUGGGUUCUCAUUGGUAGAGGCCUGAUUGUGUAGAGUGCAUCAGUGAGAUGGCUGACAGUAUGCUUUUUUUUCUGCAACAGGGCACAGAUUAUUUUAUUUCCCCCCCUUACAACUGAUGGACACUUAGCCCAUUUGUCUCUUUCCACCUUUGAUGCUGGGGGAUAUGGGUGCAGUCACCAGCUGUUAAGACGGCAGGGAGAGACACAGAACCUUAGCCUUCUCAGCUCCCAUGUCCCAAUCAGCACCAGACUGUGUCUGACUGGAACCACCAAUUUGAUGGGAGUCAGUCUGCUUUAUUCCACUGAUUUCUCGAGCAGACCACAGCAGCAAACAUGAAGCAGGCAUUUUCCAGUUUUUUGUUUAUUUAUAACUUCCUCUGUGAAUUUUGUUUAUGGGGUUUUUUUUUAGUUGUUUCCAGAAUUAAAAUUGACUGAUCAUAGUAGGAAAUGUGUUUACCGUUUGAGCAGGUCUCCGAUGAACUGUUGAUUUUUGACAAUAAAAGCGCUACACUGGCUUUAUUUUGUACUGGCCGACUGCCCGUGACAUUGCACCCAGAGAGUGAGCAGCAGGGUAGGGUCACAGUUUGCUAGUGAGAGUCAAGGGACAGUGAUGUCAGCGGACAGUACACCAUCAUUGUCCCAGCUGGUUCGUUGUUCCACACAACAUCCUCAACCUGAGCUACUAAUCUACUGUAAAACCUUAGAGUCAUCAGUUUCCCAUCUGGCCUAAAAUUUUUACCAGUCCACAGAUGUGCAGGUCAGGUAGCUUGGGCAAUUUUAGCAUGGCCAUAACGUCCAUAGGGAUGUGAAGGCUAGUUGGAUUAGCUGUGGGAAAUAUAGUGUCAGGGAGGGGGUGUGGGUCGUCUGGGUGGGAUGCUCUUCAGAGGGUUGGUGUGGACUCAAUGGGCUGAAUGGCCUGCUUCCAUUCUGGAGAAAUUCUGUGAUACCAUAAGAACUCCCAGGAGCUGAGCAAAACGAUGUUGUGGCUAUGAACCUGACCUGUUUGACGCACUGUUCAGGAUAAAUGGUCAGGCACGAAUGGAUUUCUGAUUGGUGAGCCUUUCAGAGAAGGGCACACAUUUGUUUUCGGUAUUUCCCAGAUCUCCAGAGUAACUGUGGUUUUCACCACAACGUUUGGAAGUUAGUGGCAGAGGAGGGGACUAAAUGUCCAGUGAAAUGCAUUUUGCCCCACAUUCAGGGCUUUUUCACGUCAUUUUGAUUUCCCACUUGAGAUAGAGCUAAUCAGAACGCCCCUAAUGUAUUGUGAGAGCUCCUGAUCAUCUUGGAGCUGUCAUAGCCUGUCCCAAUUUUCCCUGUUUCCAAGCAACUAAUAACACUUCCAUUUAGUAGUGGCAUUUUCCUGAUUACUGUUUGCUCAAAAGCAGCAGCUGGUCUUUUGCUGUUUUAAAAAUUAAUUCCAAAUCUUUCUGACCCCUGCCAAGUAAGAAGACAAAGGGCCACUUUCUUCAUGCUUUUACGUUGCAAGAUUUCCUAUGGGAUUGUUAAAUCACAAAAUAACCCUCCUGUCUGGACUUCUUUCGCCAUCCAUCCUCUGCAUCAGUACUUAUGAAAGAUGCAUUGCUAGGGGAACUCCUGACACCCAAACAACUUGGGAAAUUAAAUGAGGUGCCAUGAUACAGGACAUCAGCGAAGGCUACUGGGGACAGAGUUACAAGAGGAGGUGGGUGGCAUCAGGCUCGAGUUUUUAUAAACCAUGAGAUUCCCGGGAGGAAGGGGGAGAGAUUGAGGGAGGUGCGGAGUUCCACAUUGCGAGCUCCUGAGAGAGGACAAGGUUAGGAGAUGAUGCUAUGAUAUUAGCUUUCGACAAGGAAGAGAGGUGCUGGAAGUAUGUGGCGGUGGAUUUGAUACUCUGAAGAGACCAACAAAGAGUUCAGAGGAGUGCUGAUUGCAUUAGCUUUGUAUGAGUGGUCAGAGAGAAGAGGCAAUGAGAAAUGUUGUGAUGGGGAUGGCGAUAUUACUGUCUCAGCUGUAGACUUGGAAACUCAGCAGGAUGUACAUUUCUUUUGAUGCAGAGUCAUUUGAAAACCUACUGGAGGAAGUUUUACUCAAUGGCUCACUGAGCACCUUUUAACCCUACUGGGGGGGGCCUCGUGCUUGUACUGAAUGGCUGCUGUUAGCUGGGAUCACUUGCUACAUGUUGCUGUGUUGGAUGAUAAGUCAACACUUGACGGGCCAAAUGAUUUGUAUUCAUUACCCUUGUGUCCUUACUGGAUCAAACAUUGCUCAUGCUUGCUGCUGUGGGCAGGUCAGUUUGAGACCAUGAGCUAAGUCUUUCAGCGAAUGCUUAGAUCAGAUUGGGUUUUAGUUCAGAGAAUUGCAGUUGCAAGAUUAUGGAGGAAACGCACAAGAAAAAGACUACAGAAGUAGAAGUGCCUCUAUUUCAGGUUGAUUUGAAGGAAGAAUUUGUCGAAAUUAUUUUUUAAAAAUUAUUUUAAAAAUCCUUUUUAAGGUAGGCGACCAACCAGAGUAGUACAACAUCAGAGACCAGACUAUAGUUGCUACUUUGCAUGUUUACAGAUUUUUACCCAAAUUGACCCAUGAAAGAGAUGACAAUGAAAUUCAGCAUUUCAGUACUGUAUGUUCACAAUAAAGAGAUCUUACGUCCAUUAGUACAGGUUCAGUAUGAUUUAGAUGAUAUGCCUCGCUCCUGAGAGACGGGUAACAGAGAUAGAGAAGCACAGGUGAAGGUUGAAAAGGCAUGGAGAGAAAAAUUACUGGAGACACAAAGUGGGUCAGUCAGCAUCCAAAUGGCAGCUGUGGGACCUUAAUUCAUCUCAAACGUUCAUUAUAUCAUCCACCCCUAGGCUGAAGCUGUACAAAUGUGUAAAGUAAUGCAGAGUCAGCAGUAUAACUUGGUCUUCCCAGUACACUCAACUCUUAAGGGUUAUUGUUGGAAUUAAAUUAGUACUGCGUAGUAUGAAAAGGCAAUGAGGGAUGCCAAGCCUGAGUAGACUGAAGGCCAAGACUUCUCAGGAAUGUUGUAUCAUAGCAGGGCCCAAAAAGGUGACAAACAUCGAAUGGCCUUGUAUCCUAUUAUAAAUAUUUUAGGGAGAUUUUGAUUGGUAAACAUUUGAUUUUAGUAUGAAUUUUUCAAAAAAGUCCACCUUUUUAGGAUACGGUCUUGUGAUAAUUCAGUGCAAUUGAUGAAGGAAGUGCUCAUGGCUGUGGUCCUGUCCCACACUUAGAAAGGAACGGGAGAGAUGGCAAGGCAAGUCAAAUGGUGGUUUGAGCAAGCCAUCAUUUUUAUUUUGAUUUUUCAAAACGGCUGCAAGUGAUCAGAAGAAUGAGAGAGUUGAGGAAUCCCACAGGGUUGUGAUCUUGAUUCAGAAUGAGUUUGAGGAGGAGAAUCCAGGGAGUUUAAUUUCUGCGCAGGUGAAGAUGUGGAACAUGGCAAAGGUCUGUUUUUAGGGUCAGGUCUCACUGCAAUAUACAGAGGAAUUAAUAGUGAAACCAGAGAAAAUGGGAGGGACUUUAACUAGUCCUAAAGUCGAGUGAUAUGACUUCCCUGGAGGUGUAUAAAUGCUGUGCUGGAUGGACUGGGCAUGAGUAUCGAUUAUAAGGCAACAAGACUGAAUACAGUGAAAGCAUUGAGAUCUACAAUCUAUCUCACAGGGACCAUGAUAAGAUUUGUAAAUCUGUAUGAUUAACUUUUUUUUAAAGAAAAUAUGAAUAAUUGUUUGAAAAAAGUCAGUCAGGUCUACUUUUGCUAUUCAAAAUUGUAUGUGUCAGUAUUUAUUAAACAACAAAUCAAUAU